CUUUUUCAAUAAAAUAUUUAGACAGAAAAAUUCUCAAAGUCUUGAUAGAUGAAGUAUUAUGAAUAGUGUGUGUAGUGCUGAAACAGUUAGGUUAUAAUCAAUUAAUCAAUAAGUCAGUACAUCUAGAGCUGCAACUAAUUAGGCUAUUUUCAUUUUUGAUUAAUCAAUUGGUUGUUUGGUGUAUAAAAUGUCAGAAAAUGGUCGAUCACUGUUUCCUAAACCUAAAAUGUCGACAAACAGCCCAAAAGAAACCAGUAAAAUAUUCACAUAAAAGAAACUGGAACCAGAAACUCAAAACAAUUACAGUUGGUGAUUAAUUUUCAGACGAUUAACUAAUCGAUUUAUCGAUUAUGGCUGCUCAUUGAGAGAACUUGCUUCUUUUCUCCCUUUUUUAAAUUGUAAAAGCAGUUUGAAGGUUUCAUCUUCAGCUCUGAAUAACAGUGAUGGACAUUUAUUCACUGUUUUCUGAUGUUUUAUAUACAGAAUGACUGAUCAUUUAAUCAAAACAGUCAUCAGCAGAUUAAUUAAUGAUGAAAAUAAUCAUUAGUUGCAGCUCUAGUUUCUAGAUUCUAGAUGCACCUGAAAUAAAAAAGUUUAAAAUGAACCCAUAAACAAACUAUGACAGCUGUCACACAAUAACCUCCAUUCAAGAUGCAUAUUUUAAAGUUUUCAAUACAAUCCAAAUAAAGUUGAGCAAUAAAUCAGAUGUAAAGGCAAUUUGGACUUAAAUCUCUGAGGUUUUUAUGCACAUAUAUAAGUUUGUAAAGAGCCAGCUGACUGUGGGAGGCAGGAUGGAUGGACAGACAGAUGGAUGAGGGUUUUUCUGUUAAUCAUUAAUAACCUGGAUUAGCCGCAGUCUUCUGUAAAUAUGAUGAAUGUGUCCACGGCUUCAUUGGCUCUGCCCUCCUGCAGCUCUGCUUUAUUAGUCUGCUGUUGCUCUGUCAGGUUUAUCAUCAGCGCAGAGAGUUUUUACACUUUUCUUUAGCUUCACAUCAGUUUGUAGAAACGGACAAAAAAUGCUGGACUUGAUCUUUUCCCGGAUUUGUUUUAAACUCGGGUUGGUUUAACAGUGUUUAAGGAUUCAUUUGUGUUCAGAGCUGGUUCACAGUUUCAAGGACAAAUGAUCUGCACUGGAUUGUUUUUUCACACCAGACUGACUUCAGUUUUCUUCUUUGGUUAAUUUUUUUUUUAAAGUCUUUAUAGACGUCUUUAUGUCACUAUGCCAAUGAAACGCAGCAGUGAGAGCUCAGCCAGGGAUGGAGUGUUUCUUAUUCACUCUUUAACCAAGACUUUGUGCAGCUCACCAGAGGAAACACGCACAGACUUUAAUGGACAGACACACUUUCAUCAGGAGGAUGAUUCUGGGAUUAAAUCAGAAGCAGAGGACAGUAAUGAGACGCCGUCCUCUGAGGAGGACCAGGAUCUGGUGGACUAUAACCCGGAUCUGACCGUCAAACAGAGCAUCUCUUCCUCUUCCUCCUCUUCCUCCAGGAAGACCAUCAGUCAGAUCAUCAAAGACAAGAAGAAGCAGACACAGCUCACACUGCAGUGGCUGGAGGAGAAUUAUAUAGUGUGUGAAGGAGUGUGUCUGCCUCGCUGUAUCCUCUACGCUCACUAUCUGGACUUCUGCAGGAAGGAGAAACUAGAGCCAGCCUGCGCUGCAACAUUUGGAAAGACGAUCCGACAGAAGUUUCCUCUUCUAACGACAAGAAGACUGGGAACCAGAGGACACUCCAAAUAUCAUUACUAUGGGAUUGGCAUCAAAGAGAGCAGUGCUUACUAUCACUCUGUGUAUUCUGGGAAAGGUUUGACCAGGUUUUCAGGGAGCAAACUCAAGAACGAGGGAGGUUUCACCAGGAAAUACUCACUGAGCUCUAAAACUGGAACAUUACUCCCAGACUUCCCCAGUGCUCAGCAUCUUCUGCUGCAGGGAAAUAUCUCCAGAGAAAAGGUGGACACUCUCAUCAUGAUGUAUAAAACACACUGCCAGUGCAUCUUGGACAAUGCCAUUAAUGUCAACUUUGAGGAGAUCCAGAAUUUUCUGCUUCACUUCUGGCAGGGAAUGCCCGACCACCUGCUGCCACUGAUGGAAAACCCAGUGAUAGUCGACAUCUUCUGUGUCUGCGACUCUAUUCUAUAUAAGGUUCUUACAGACGUUCUGAUUCCUGCUACGAUGCAAGAGAUGCCCGAGAGUCUGUUAGCAGAUAUCCGCAACUUUGCCAAACACUGGGAGCACUGGCUAGCCUCCUCCCUGGAAAACCUCCCAGAAUGCCUUGCAGCCAAGAAACUCCCAAUUGCACGCCGCUUCGUCUCCUCCCUGAAGAGACAGACCUCGUUCUUACACCUGGCACAGAUAGCUCGUCCAGCGCUGUUUGACCAGGCCGUGGUCACCAACAUGGUGUUGGAUAUCGACAACGUAGAUCUCAGCAGCAUCAGCUCACAGCCUUUACUCAGCAUCACUGCGACAGGCGACCAGGACCAAGACAUCUACUCUGAGUAUGACUCCAUCACCGUCUUCCGGGAGCUGAAAGAGCUGCUGAGGAAGAACGCCACGGUGGAGUCCUUCAUCGAGUGGUUGGACUCUGUCGUGGAGCAUAAAGUCAUCAAGCCCGGUAAGCAGAGCGGUCGGUCGGUGAAGAAGCGAGCUCAGGACUUCCUGCUCAGGUGGAGUUUCUUCGGCGCCAGAGUGAUGCACAACCUCACACUCAACAACGCCUCCAGCUUUGGUUCCUUCCAUGUGAUCAGGAUGCUGUUAGAUGAAUAUAUCCUGUUGGCUCUGGAAACUCAGUUUAACAACGACAAGGAGCAGGACCUACAGAACCUCCUGGACAAAUACAUGAAGAAUGCAGACGCCAGUAAAGCAGCGUUCAUGGCCUCUCCCAGUUCCUGCUUCCUAGCCAAUCGCAACAAGGCCAGUGCUGCCAUUGACCAAUCAGUGAAGAAUGAGUCUUUGGUAGAACACGCCUACAUGUCUCUCUCCACCAAUCAGCAGCAAGGUCUGGAGACGAGCACUGUCGUCUACCAGGGGACGGAUUCUGUUGGGUUCACAGUUUCAGGUGGUCAGAUGGACUUCUCUCAGGUCAGCGCCCCCCUCAUGACGCCCCCCAUCUCUCCGGCAGCGUUGGUGCACCGAGGCUCCGUCAUCAACCAGGGGCCGAUGGCGGGGAGACCCCUGACGUCUUCCUCUUCUUCCUCCUUGUCCUGCUCCUCCUCCUCUUCCUCCUGCCUCUCCUCUCUCAGCGCCAUGACGCAGCCCAGCCCCUGCGCUUCCUACCCGGAGACCCUGUACCACUGCUUACCUCAGACCAGCUCCGGUUACUUCCCUCCAGCCAGCGGCUCCUCGACCUCCGUCUACCAGCCUGCACUCAGGCCUCAGCCUCAGAGUCAGUGUCUAGCUUCGGUUCAGACCUCGUCCCUGGCCUACCACCUCUCCCGGUUCCCCUCCUUCAAUGACCAGCACCUGACUAAAGACGUGUUCUACAGUCAUCAUCAUCCAUCGUCCCACCAUCACUCAUCCAACAGCACCAACUGCUCCCUGACACCUUAUGCUUCUGCAGUCCGACCCACAUCCAGCUACAGCUCAGGCACGGAUCCGGUCCAGACUGAACAGGGGCUGGAUGCUCCGACAGCAGCCCAGAUACUGGACUCAGCAGAAGGGUUCAGCUUUGUGGGGGCCGGGCUGAACCCUUCCGGCGGUGGGUGUCAGGGACAGACGUACUCAGCUGCAGGACACAGUGGUUACUAUGGCAACAGCAGUUACCUGGACAGCCAACGGAUGACAUCACUGGUUGACCAGCACGUAUCUGUCAUCAGCAGCGUCGGCAGUCUCCGCCCGUUCCCUCCAACGUACUCCGAAGUCCACGAUCCGCUCAACAUCCUGGACGAACCGGGAAGGAAGACAGGAGCGUACUUCACCGAGGCCGAAACCGGAGCAGAUCAUUCCCUUCCCUCGGCAGGAUCUGCUCCCUGCAUGUACGGCGUUCCCUCUCCGUUCACCUCUCAGGACGCGCUGCUCUCCCAGCAACGUGUGCCGUCAUCUUCAGACGUGCAGGAGCUGGUGUCCUCGCUGCCUCCCAUCAAUACCGUCUUCAUGGGCGCAGGAGGAGUACAAUGACGAUGAAAACGCAAACUUCUGCCGGAGAAUGGUCCUGACGUUCAGAGUCCAGCUCCCAUCAGAGCAGCCCAGAUCCAGAAAGUAUGCGUGUGCACAGCGGAGAAAGUGAGAUGAACGACAUGUGACAAAGACACUAAAGUCAAACCCUGGACGUCCAAACUGUAGGUACAACAUGAGCGUUAGCUUGGGAAGCCACCAGGACACUUUAUCCAUCAGCAUAGAAAAACAUUUUUACUGGAGAAGACCUUCUUGUACGUCUAUACACCUUAUAAUAUUUAUUUAUGAAAAGGGAACAGUAACCAAACUAAUAUAUUUCAGAUAGAAAGAGAUUUAUUUGUAUGAAAAUAUAUAUUAUUACUUCUUCUAUGUCCACUUCUGUAAUUUUCCCCAAUUUGGAAACGAUGACAAACUGCUUUUGUUCCUGCAGUACAUGAUGCCUGAGGGCUUCCAUUUCCUCUGUGUGUGAGUUGUUGUAA